GUAAAAAUCGCUCAAAGUCACACAGUAGGCGCCUUUUCCCACUUUUCUUUUUAGCUAACCCUCUGUAUUCUCCAAGCAUGCGCGGGAAUCAAGGGAUGGAACAGCUGAUUCCUGUUGUAAAUAAACUACAAGAUGCUUUUUCAUCCUUGGGAAUACCACUUGGACUUGAUCUUCCUCAGAUUGCUGUGGUAGGCAGCCAAAGUGCCGGAAAAAGUUCUGUUUUAGAAAAUUUUGUUGGAAGGGAUUUUCUGCCUCGUGGAUCUGGUAUUGUUACUCGCCGUCCUUUGAUUCUACAGCUAUUUAAUUCCAUAACUGAAUAUGCUGAGUUCCUUCACUGCAAGAAUAAGAAAUUCACUGAUUUCGAGGAAGUCAGAAAAGAAAUUGAGGCAGAAACGGAUAGAGUUACAGGAUCAAAUAAAGGAAUAUCUAACAUUCCUAUAAAUUUACGUGUAUAUUCCCCGCAUGUUUUAAAUCUUACUCUUAUCGAUCUUCCGGGUAUAACAAAAGUCCCAGUCGGAGAUCAACCUCCAGAUAUUGAGCAUCUGGUUCGUUGUAUGAUCCUGGACUUUAUUGAGCAGGAUAAUUGCCUCAUACUCGCAGUUUCCCCUGCUAAUAGUGAUCUGGCUAAUUCAGACGCCUUAAAGUUAGCAAAAGAAGUUGAUCCACAAGGAUUACGUACGAUAGGUGUGAUAACAAAAUUGGAUCUUAUGGAUGAAGGCACCGAUGCUAGGGAAAUCCUGGAGAACAGGCUUCUUCCAUUACGUCGAGGUAGUUUAAAUUUAAUAACUUUUCCUCCCUAG